AUCAGCAGUAAGAAUGCUGCCCACAAUUAUACUCCUGCUGGCUGGUUGUUUGGCAUUUGGAGCACUCGUUCCCAGUCAAAAAUCCUGGACAUAUGUGCUAAGAUCGAUUCAAAUGACGUCCAGCAAUGAGUCGCUGGCCGGUGGCGAUUGUCGACUGGAGCGAAUAAGUCGCGGGGAGUACGGAAUGAGUGGUACCCUGUACUUCAACAUCGACUUGCCCAAAGACCUUGAGGUGGAGGCGAACAUAUUUCGCAGCAGCGAUGGCGGCGUCACCUACAAACUCGAACCCUAUUCGGUGCCACGCAGGGGUGCCUACGAAAAUUUGAACACCUUCUACAAGGACAUUGCCAUGACGUCCGCCGCCAAAUGUUCGAAUUUUCCGCAAUUCAACGACUCCCUGGAAUUGGUAACCGCACAAAAAUUUGCUUACGAAAAGUGCACUAUGGACACCGCUGGAUUUCCCAACUACCUUUCCGACGGCUACUACAAGUUCGAGAUUAAACAUACGGCGUAGUGCAGAUUAUCUGGGUCGUAGUCGUCGAAGUAAUGCAAAAAACCUUCUAGAGGGGUUACAUCUAUACAUACUAUUGGCAGCAUUAGUCAUCUAAUUUAUAUUCUUAAUUUUUUUGUUGGCACAAAAUAUACUAUCACCUUUAGGGGUGACUAAAAGCAAUCAGUGAAAAUUGUACCUGUUUUUUGGCAUGAAGAAAAAGGGAAUAAUAUAUUUUUGCAUACUUUUAGACAAUUUUAUAAGUAACUUUAAAAUCCAAGCGAAUUCACUGAUAGACUUAUUUUAGAAACAC